AUAAGCACGGACCUGCUGAACGAUGAGUACUGCGAUUGUGAAGAUGGCACAGAUGAAUUAAACAGCAACAACAAUAAUAAUAACAAUAAUAAUAAUAAUGAUGAUGAUGAUAAGUUGUUAUGGGUUUAUUCAAGUAGAGUUAAUGAUGGAGUUUGUGACUGCUGUGACGGCUCUGAUGAAUUUAUCAGUAAAUCAUUGUCAUCAGUACCAUGCUCAAACACGUGUGAUGGACUGAAAAAACGCGUGGAUGAA